CACAUCUUUCCGACUUGGCCAUAUAGGAAAUGAGUGUAGUGUUGUAGACAAGCAGUCAAGCACCAGCCAGAAAGAAGCAAAAAUCAAAUAUAAAUAAUAAAUUGCCAUCAGCUUUCUUUAUGUAGCCAAUUUGAGUAGCAGUUAAAAAAAAAAGCCCGUUAAAGAGAGGGAAAAGAAAUGUUGGGUUGUUGGAAGUUCCCACUCACAAUCCCGCCAUCUUCUAUAAACACAAGAUAUAGAAAUGGGUUUUCUUGCAAAGCAGAAACCCCAAAAAUCCAUGCUAAUAAUGGAGACCAGAGCAGCAAUGACAAGAACAAUAAGAAAGUAGUCAUCGUUGGCUCUGGUUGGGCUGGUCUUGGUGCAGCUAAUCACCUUUGCAACCAGGGUUUUGAUGUUGCUGUUCUUGAAGAUAGUAAUGGUUUUGGCAGUCCAGAUGAUGUUGGUAUCCAAGGUUUUUGGAAUCCCUACCAAAAUAUAUUUAGUCUUGUUAAUGAACUGGGUAUCACACCGUUCACUGACAAACUACAAUCUGCACUUUAUUCUACCGGGGGAUUGGAGGUUGAAUUUCCAGUAUUCCAAGAUCAGCCUCAACUGCCUACACCCUUGGGAACCUUGUAUUAUACUCAAUUUGCAAGGCUUCCAUUAGUGGAUAGAUUAACAUCGCUUCCUCUAAUGACUGCAGUAAUUGACUUUGACAACACUGACAUGGCCUGGAGAAAGUAUGAUUCAGUUACUGCGAGGGAACUUUUCAAACAGUUUGGCUGCUCAAAAAGACUUUACCAGAAUGUUUUUGGUCCGUUGCUUCAAAUCGGUUUGUUUGCCCCAGCAGAACAUUGUAGUGCAGCUGCGACACUUGGAUUGCUAUACUAUAUCUCACUUGCUCAUCAGAAAGAUUUUGAUAUGGUAUGGUGUCGUGGGACCAUUAGAGAACAGAUAUUCAAUCCAUGGAUGGAAUUGCUAAGGACUAAAGGCUGUCAAUUUCUUGACAGUGGAAAAGUAAAGGAUUUCGUCCUUAAUGAAGAAACAAGUUGCAUUUCAGAAGUGGUCUGCAGCAAUGGGACCUAUAAAGCUGAUGCAGUUAUUUUGGCUGCUGGAAUCUCCGAGGUUCAAGAACUUGUCAAGAAUAGUGCAGUAUUAUUUACCCGGGAGGAGUUUCUGAAAGUUUUGAACCUAGCUGGCAUUGACGUACUUACAUGUAAACUGCAGCUUGACAGAAAGGUCAGCAUUCCCCACGCAGCCAAUGCUUGUUCUGCAUUUGAUAAUUCAGUUGGGUGGACUUUUUUCAACUUGAAUGCAAUUCAUGAUGAGCAUAAAGACAGUCAAGUGACAAUCAUACGGGCUGAUUUUUAUCACGCCAAUGAGUUGUUGCCCCUUAAGGAUGAACUUGUAGUUUCAAAAGUAAUGUCUUAUCUCUCAAAGUGCAUCAAGGACUUUGAGAAUGCUAAUGUGACAGAUACAGAGAUUGCAAGAUUUCCGAAGUCCUUGGCUCACUUCUUUCCAGGUUCAUAUAAAUAUAUGAUGCGGGGGUCUACAUCUUUUCCUAACUUGUUCAUGGCUGGAGAUUGGAUCAUAACCCGUCAUGGAUCAUGGUCACAGGAAAAGUCUUAUGUUACCGGAUUGGAGGCUGCCAACCGGGUGGUAGACUUGCUUGGAGAAGGAAGCUUUGCUAAAGUAAUAGCUGUAGAGGAAGAUGAGCCUCACGUCGAAGCUCUUCGGAGCCUUAACCGAAGGUUCAGUGAGAUAACUGAGCAAUUUCCAUUGUUUGAUUAUUUCCUCCAGUGAGCUUGCAAUUGGAAUUUCUGCUGCAACGUAAUGUAGCAUUACAAAGUUUGGAAAAAAUGCUUAAUUGUUAAUUUUUUUGCUGGUUUCAUUUUUGAAUACACCUAAACAAAUUAUUCUGCUGAAGAUAAAGAUGUAUUUGAUUGUAUUUUCUGUUGAAAACAUUACUUGCAGCUUUGAGCUGUCAUCUGUGUCUAUUUAUGUUUAUGAAAUAAAGCCAGUGUUAUGAAAAUAA